GCCGUCUUGCUCAACCCAUUAUUUUUAUUAAUGAAGCUCCUUUUAGCAAUCCUUCUUGUAUCUACUGUGUUAGCAGCAAUUCCAACAAAAGUGACAAAUUGCAUAGCCAAUCCAUCAAUUGUUUUUACAGAAGCAACAUUUAGUGUUUAACCACAAAAAGGAGUUGAUGAAACUAUAACCCUUUAUGGAACAGCUAAUGCUCAUGCUGAAUUAACUAACGUCCAUUUGGUAGCAAAGUGGAAUGAUGUUGAAGUCAUGACAGAAGAUUUUCCUGAAGAGGAAAUCUAUGACAAUGGUGACAAAGUCGUAUAUUCAUAGACCAAAAACUUCCCAACAUUUACUCCAUCAGUAAGAUAUUAAAGUAAUUAUAGGGAAAAAUAACCACACAAUUCUAUUUCUAAAAUGCUAAAGGAGCAAACUUUGCAUGCGCAGAAAUAACAUUUGUUUUGUGAACAUAAAUUCACAUAUCAUAAUUUAAAUUUAAUCUAUUUCUAUAA